GGCAUGUCUGCGUCAAAUGAUGCGUCUCAGUUGAUAUAAUAGGUCUCCGCGCGGCCUCGCGCUCGAGAAACCUUGCCAAGCGCACCUAGCGGCAUGUAAAGACACUAGCAAGCCGAGCCGGGACCGCUUAAGCUGCUCAAAGGGCACGCACUGGGUGUGAGGAUCACGCGUGUGCUUCGUCUCUGACCCGUCAACGUUUGCCAUCCAUCGCUUUGAGCCGUGCGACGCUAGGCGGCGCGUAGUGGUAAAAAGCGAUGCGGCGCCUGCUUUGCACGCUGCUGCUGGCAGCGACGGCAGGGGGCAUCACUCAUCGCACGCAUCGUCGCAUCUGCCGCGGUGGUGCUGCCGCCGUCGAAGCGCCGAAAAAACUCACAACCGCGCCGCCGCGGUGGACCCGCAGUCGCGGCGGCACCGGAGCAAACACAACAACUUACGACGCCGUCGUGCGGGUCCACCGCGGCGGCGCCGGAGAAAACACAACAACGUACGACGCCGCCGCCGUCGCCGCGCUGGAGGAGCGCGUCGCCGCGUCGACCCCUCAACAUCCGUACGCCGGCUUCGCGGAGACGACGGCGCUGCUCGCCGACGGCUGUGGGAACGUCGCACAACUCGCCUCUCGUUUAGAACCGACCUACCGCCUGCACGUCGCCGUGCUGCGCGCGAGGGCCGCCAAGGCCUUCGCCGACGCCCUGGAUGCCAAUGAUUCGCCCGAGCGCAUCGCGGAACAGGCCGUCGAGGCGGAAUUUGCGUUCGCCGAUGAAAUAGAGCGUUGCACGAGUUUGCACUACGAGACGGACGACGCCGUCGAGGCGUUUCGGGACACGGUCGCCACGAUCGUCGAGGACGCGCUCGCCGCGCAGUCGCUUGAAAGUCUCCAAAUGAGCGACGGCGACCUUCCUUCACAAAGGGAGCGGCUCCUCGCAUUCGUCCGGGAGCACAAGCGGUUCCUGUGGCGGGGCGGCGCUCUAUUGCUCAACAUCGUACAAGCGAGGGUCGCGGCGCGGCAGGCGCGGAAGGCCGCCGAGCGGCGAGACCGGGAGCAGCCGAAGAUACCCCUAUUUUGAUAAGAGCACAUUAUAGUUAUAACGCACAGACAGGGGAUGGGGAACAAGCGCGCGUCACUCGUAGGGGGGAACAGGGGAUCGACAGAGGAGCGCUGCUGCAGGCACACGAC